GGUUGUGGUCACGUUUGUGUGGCCCUUAAUGCAGUAAAAGCAGAGUAUGAGAUGAUGGUGGUAGGGAAGAAGAGCAACGAGGGCGAGAGAUAUCUUCUUAUCCAUGGCGGCUAUUGCUAGUCUGCAAGCAGUUAAUCUCACAUUUAGGCGACGUAGCACUCGAUGUGGAAUUGCUGAGCCGAGCGGAGAGCCAGCUCCGAUGGGGCUGAAGACUAGAUACGAGGAUGGGCUGGUGGAGAGAGUGUUCAUGGGUCUCUUCGCGAGGAAGAUGGACAAGUUCGGGUCGAAGAAGAAGAAGGACACGAAGGAGAAGGGUUUUUGGGAGUACGAUUACGAGAGCUUCGUGGAGGUGUCAAAGAGAGUGAUGCAGGGACGGUCCAGAGUGCAGCAGCAAGAGGCCGUGAGGGAGGUUCUUCUCUCUAUGCUGCCUCCUGGUGCUCCUGAACAGUUUAGGAAAUUGUUCCCACCAACGAAAUGGGCUGCAGAGUUCAAUGCCGCUCUUACAGUGCCUUUCUUUCACUGGUUGGUUGGUCCAUCUCAGGUCAUAGAAGUGGAAGUGAAUGGUGUGAAACAGAGAAGUGGAGUUCGUAUCAAGAAAUGCAGGUAUCUGGAGAACAGUGGGUGUGUAGGAAUGUGUGUGAAUAUGUGCAAGAUUCCAACCCAAGAUUUCUUCACCAAUGAGUUUGGCCUCCCACUCACCAUGAACCCAAGUAUGUAACAUAUCUCCUUUUGACCAUCCUUAUACAUUGGUGUUUGUUUUCAUUAGCCAUCUCUCCAUUUUGGUUUGUAGAUUAUGAAGACAUGAGCUGCGAGAUGAUAUACGGGCAAGCACCUCCGGCCUUUGAGGAGGAUGUAGCCACCAAGCAACCUUGUCUAGCAGAUAUAUGUUCUAUGUCGAAUCCAAGCUCCCCAAUCUGCCCUAAACUAGAGGCAUGAGUGGAGUGGAUCAGCAGCCACUUCUUUGACGGGAUGUGCAAUUUCCAAGCGAUAUACAUACUUUUUUUCUUUUCCAAACACAUACAUUACAUAUAAAAGACAGUUGUGAAGACGAGUUAGUGUUCUUUGUUACUAUUCUGGUUGGGUUGUGUAAAGUAUACGAUAAUACACUUGAGCUUACUCAUCUUCUUUAUGUUUUAAGUUUGAACUCGCCAUGUUGGUUAUAACUUGGAUCUCAAGUGUUACUUGCAGUUUGUAUUGUAAUAUAAAACCAAAAACUGAGAUUAGCUUAGCUUUAAAGUAACCCUCUCUGCUUAUAUGGAUAUCAGAUACUUACUG